AUGUACAUCAAUACUCCUCGCUCUACUUCUCAUGUGGGAAACCCCGUCCUUGUAGCACCAAGACUGGCUUCACGGUCUUCGUCUGACAGUGACAGCUAUUGUUACGGCUUUAGCUGCGGAAACGAAUGGGUGUGGGCCAGAUGGGUCCUUGUGGUAUUCUUCCUGUUUGCCUUGGCCACUCUAGGCUUGGCUGCCAUCAGAAUCAAUGGAAGAAGAAUGAAGCUAGGGCAGCGACCAAUUAUCGGUACAGCAUGGUUUACCCCUCCUUCAUAUCGACAGUCCGAAAGACAAUAUCGGAGUUCUACCCAGGACUAUGUACCUCCCUAUACGGCCACUGCAAAUGAAAAUGAUUUGGGGUACUACGAUAACGAAGGCAACUUCCAUCUCAGUUCCAAAACCGACAACACAACACCUCCGCCACCUAUUGAUACGGCAGACGUCGCAGACUACCCCCAGGAACCGCCCUCGGCAGUCACAAGAGAUGACAACGAUCAAGAGCGGUACUCUGCAGACUUCAGUGAAGCCUUUCAUCGCUAUUAUCAGGGCACAACAGUUGGACAAACGACUGACGACACUGGCCACGAUACGGAGCGUCCUUCGGGACGGGCCGAGGCAAGUGCAUCUGCAGAUGGAACCUCGUCUACGUCUUCUCCGAUCGAACUGCAGGAAAUUGCUAAAAAGCCAGCAACAGUUCAGGUCGCUCACGUCUAG